ACGAAGAAGAGUGACAGAAAAGAUGGCGGCGUGCGGUCGCGUCGUCCCGCAGGUGUUGCGCCGUUUGUCCUCGUCCGUGUGGCCCGUGUGUGGCCAGGUCCAGGUGUGCCUGCAGAGGGCGCCUGUGAGGCUCCACCCAGCUCCAGCUCAGUUCCAGUCCUCGGUUCGGUUCCUGUGUUCCCCAGCGUCCCUGCAGGACGAGGCUGCGGCCCCUGUCGACGAGGCUGAGGCCCCCGUCACCGAGUCCCGCUACAAGGACGCCCCCUGGACCUACCUGGAGAGUGCAGAGUACGUGGAGAGGUACGCCAGUGACCCGGUGUGGACGGGCUACAGGAGGAACCACAAAGGAGGAAUCCCCCCCCAGAAGACCCGCAGGACCUGCAUCAGAGGAACCAAGGUCUGUGGGAACCCCUGUCCGGUGUGCCGGGACCCCAACCUCUUCAUCCACCCUCAGAACGUGAAGUUGUUGGAGCAGUUCAUCAGCCCCCACACUGGGACGCUGUACGACCCCACCCGCACAGGUGUGUGCAUGAAGCAGCAGAAGAACCUGGACAAGGCCAUCAACACGGCCCGAGAUCAAGGGUUACUGCCCUUCCGGAUCCCAUAUGUGGACUUUUCUGGAGAGGACUACUCCAACUCCCAUGAUGCUGUUGGGCGCACCGCUCCUCCCCCCUCCCUCCAGUCAGGGGAAAACUGGUACCACUGGUAUGGGGAGAUAACGCCUGAUGAAGGCGAGCUGGCUAAGGUCAAGAAGAUGUACAAGGCGUAUUUAAAGUGACGAUGUGUGAGGCCACAAUAAAGAUGAUGAAGAAACCA